AACAAUUCUUGACUCUGCAAAAGAUCCUGAUAUAAGUAUGAAUUCACUGAGCAAAUACCAACUAAGUCCUAAUGAAUAUUUCUCUUUGGUGGUAAAAGACAAUCCCGAUGGUGGCAAAUAUCCAGAAUUAAUACUAAAGAAGAACCUGGACAGAGAAACGCAGAGCGCCCACCACUUAGUACUAACAGCCUUAGAUGGUGGGGAUCCACCACGAAGUGGCACUGCUCGGAUCCGCAUCCUGGUGGUGGAUGCCAAUGAUAACCCCCCUGUGUUCAGCCAAGAUGUGUAUAGGGUCAGCAUUCCAGAAAGCGUGCCCCCGGGGACCUCUGUGCUGAGAGUGAGCGCCACAGACCAGGAUGAAGGCUUCAACGCAGAGGUCACCUAUUCCUUCUUUGGUGUGGCUGAUAAAGCCCAGCACGUGUUCUCUUUGGAUUCUGCUACAGGAAACAUUAUAACUCAUCAACCCUUGGAUUUUGAAGAAGUGGACAGAUAUAUAAUGGAUGUAGAAGCAAAGGACCGAGGAUCUCUCUCUACACGAUGUAAAGUAAUUAUAGAGGUUCUAGACAAAAACGACAACAGCCCAGAAAUAAUCAUUACUUCUCUCUCUGAUCAGAUUUUGGAGAAUUCCCUUCCAGGAAUGGUUGUGGCCCUCUUCAAGACAAGGGACUUGGAUUCCAGAGAAAAUGGAGAAGUUACAUGUAAUUUAAGUAGAAAUAUUCCAUUUAAGAUUCAUUCUUCUUCUAAUAAUUACUACAAGCUGGUGACCGAUGGGGCUCUAGACCGAGAGCGGACUCCAGAAUACAACGUCACCAUCACAGCCACAGACAGAGGAAAGCCGCCCCUCUCCUCCAGCACCACCAUCACUCUGCACAUCUCCGACGUUAACGACAAUGCCCCGGUUUUCCAACAGUCCGCCUACUUGGUCCACGUGCCAGAAAACAACCCUCCUGGGGCCUCCAUCGCCCAAGUCAGCGCCUCUGAUCCCGACCUGGGACCCAACGGUCAAGUAUCCUACUCCAUCGUGGCCAGCGAUCUGGAGCCUCGGGCGCUGUCAUCCUUUGUGUCCGUGAACCCGCAGAGUGGCGUGGUGUUCGCGCAGCGCGCCUUCGACCACGAGCAGCUGCGCGCCUUCCAGUUGACCCUGCAGGCUCGCGACCAGGGCUCGCCCGCGCUCAGCGCCAACGUCAGCCUGCGCGUGUUGGUGACCGACCGCAACGACAACCCGCCAAGGGUGCUUUACCCAGCGCUGGGGCCCGACGGCUCUGCGCUCUUCGACACAGUGCCGCGCGCCGCUCAGCCCGGCUACCUGGUCACCAAGGUGGUGGCGGUGGACGCCGACUCGGGACACAAUGCCUGGCUAUCCUACCACGUGCUGCAGGCCAGCGAGCCUGGACUGUUCAGCCUGGGGCUGCGCACGGGGGAGGUGCGCACAGCGCGUGCUUUGGGCGACAGAGAUUCGGCCCGCCAGCGCCUGCUGGUCGCUGUGCGCGACGGGGGACAACCGCCUCUCUCGGCCACUGUCACGCUGCUGCUUGUCUUUGCUGACAGCCUACAAGAGGCGCUUCCGGAUCUUAGCGACCUCCCCAUGCCAUCUGACCCCCAGGCUGAGCUGCAGUUUUAUCUGGUGUUGGCCUUGGCCUUGAUCUCGGUGCUCUUCCUAUUGGCUGUGAUUCUGGCCGUUGCCCUGCACCUGCGACGCUCCUCCAGCCCCGCCGCUGGCGCCUGCUUUGGGUCUGUUCUUUGCUCCAAAUCUGGACUGGAGAUUCCCCCCAACUACAGUGAGGGUACUUUGCCCUAUGCCUAUAAUUUGUGUGUGCCUGGGGAUCAAACUAAUGCAGCAUUUAAUUUUCUCACGUCUGCUGAUCAUUGUCCAGCCAAGGAGGAUACUCUCAACAAAGACAGCUCUUCAGCACUAUUGGCUAGCAUUCUAACUCCUAGUGUUGAAGCAGAUAGGAAGACUUUAAAACAGACUCUAGGAAGAGUCACCUGAUCUUCCCACAGCCCAACUACGCUGACACACUCAUCAGCCAGGAGAGCUGUGAGAAAAGCGAGCCUCUCUUGAUAGUUGAAGAUUCAGUUACCGGUUUAGGCAAAUGUGAUCCUA